AACUGCGGUCACCCCGCUAAAAUCCGAACGGGGGAGACAGGCGGGUACCGCGGUCCCUCCCACCCUCCAGCUUGAGCCGCCGCCGCCGCCGCUGCGGCCGCUCAGUAACACGUCCCCAGGAGACUCGCAGGAGCAACACGUGAUGUGUCUACUUAUCAGGGUUGCUUCGACUCUGCUCCAGAGGUGGUUGCUUUAAGGUGUGACCCUGCCUAUGUUUGGGCCCAGCCAGCACUAGCCCCUUAGUAAGAAGGGCCAGCUUGAUAAGACGGAGAAAACAGUGUCAAAGAGUGAUACCAAGAGAAGAAAAAAAGCGAAACACAGACUCCUUUCCUACUCCACGUGGAAGAUAGCUAUAGCAGGGGAAAAUCUCAUAGUAUAGCAGUUGGGGCAGAAAAUGGAGUUCUGUAGAAGAGGCUUCUUAGAAGCUUAAACCCUUGUCCCAAUGACGUCAAGUUCGCCCAUUGGCUUGGAAGGUUCAGACUUGUCUUCCAUCAACACCAUGAUGUCAGCGGUAAUGAGUGUAUAUGGCGGGAGCCCCCAGAGCAUCAAGUCCCUCACGAAGCCUCCAGGACCAAAUCGGAUUGGCAGAAGGAACCAGGAAACGAAAGAGGAGAAGUCUUCCUAUAACUGUCCCCUGUGUGAAAAGAUUUGCACUACACAGCAUCAGUUAACUAUGCACAUUCGUCAGCACAACACGGACACUGGAGGAGCAGACCAUUCAUGCAGCAUCUGCGGGAAGUCGCUGAGCUCGGCCAGCUCCCUGGACCGCCACAUGCUGGUUCACUCUGGCGAGAGGCCUUACAAGUGCACUGUGUGUGGCCAGUCUUUUACCACCAAUGGGAACAUGCACAGACAUAUGAAGAUUCAUGAAAAGGACCCUAACAGUGCUACAGCUGCAGCACCUCCAUCCCCACUGAAACGUAGGCGGCUAUCAUCCAAAAGGAAACUGAGUCAUGAUGCUGAGUCGGAGAAAGAAGACCCAGCACCUGCUAAAAAGAUGGUAGAAGAUGGGAAGUCAGGUGACCUGGAAAAGAAAGCUGAUGAAGUUUUUCACUGCCCAGUAUGUUUCAAGGAGUUUGUUUGCAAGUAUGGACUGGAGACCCACAUGGAGACCCACUCAGAUAACCCACUAAGAUGUGACAUUUGCUGCAUCACCUUUCGAACACAUCGAGGAUUGCUACGCCACAAUGCGCUCGUCCACAAACAGCUUCCCAGAGAUGCAUUGGGAAGGCCUUUUUUUUUUCCUGCUGGCUUCCAUGACUUAGGAUUCACUGACUUUUCCUGUAGGAAGUUCCCUUGGAUUUCUCAGGCCUGGUGUGAAACAAACCUGCGAAGGUGCAUCAGCGAGCAGCACCGUUUUGUCUGUGACAUCUGCGACAAGGCGUUCCCCAUGCUCUCCUCACUCGCCCUGCAUAAGCAGACCCACGUCGCUGCGGACCAGGGGCAGGAAAGGCUGCAAGCUAAGACCCUGCCUGGUGACGCCCUGGACCAGAAGGUCUUCCUGGCCUUGCUGGGCCUGCAGCACACCAAAGACAUCAGGCCCGUCCUGGUCGAGGAGCCCAUAGCAGAUGACAACCAAGCAAUACAGCUCCAGACACUGAAGUGUCAGCUACCUCAGGACCCCGGCUGCACCAACAUGCUGAGGCUGUCUCCUUUUGAAGCUGCUUCCCUGGGUGGCUCGCUCACAGUGCUCCCGGCUACCAAGGAGAGCAUGAAGCACCUGUCCCUGCAGCCCUUCCAGAAGGGCUUCAUCAUCCAGCCCGAUAGUAGUAUUGUGGUCAAGCCCAUCUCUGGCGAGUCUGCCAUUGAGCUGGCUGACAUCCAGCAGAUCCUGAAGAUGGCAGCCUCAGCGCCCCCUCAGAUCAGUCUUCCGCCUCUCUCCAAGGCCCCUGCCACCCCUCUACAGGCGAUUUUCAAACACAUGCCCCCUCUGAAGCCAAAGCCCCUGGUCACACCUCGGACGGUGGUGGCCACCUCCACGCCCCCUCCUCUCAUCAAUGCCCAGCAGGCCUCCCCGGGCUGCAUUAGCCCCAGCCUGCCCCCGCCGCCCCUGAAGCUCCUCAAAGGCUCGGUGGAGGUGGCGUCCAGUACCCACCUGCUGCAGUCCAAGUCCGGGGCCCAGCCAAACACGGCCAUGCAGCUCUUCCUGCAGCAGCCACGAGUGGAACUGCCAGGCCAGGCCGAGAUGAAGACGCAGCUGGAGCAAGACAGCAUCAUUGAGGCCCUGCUGCCCCUGAACAUGGAGGCCAAAAUUAAGCAGGAGAUAACGGAGGGGGACCUCAAGGCCAUCAUGACGGGCCCCAGCAGCAAGAAAUCGCCGGCCAUGCGCAAGGUGCUCUACCCCUGCCGCUUCUGCAACCAGGUGUUCGCCUUCUCGGGGGUAUUGCGCGCGCAUGUGCGCUCCCAUCUGGGCAUCUCGCCAUACCAGUGCAACAUCUGCGACUACAUCGCCGCCGACAAGGCCGCGCUCAUCCGCCACCUGCGCACACACAGUGGUGAGCGGCCCUACAUCUGCAAGAUCUGCCACUACCCCUUCACCGUCAAGGCCAACUGCGAGCGGCACCUGCGCAAGAAGCACCUCAAGGCCACCCGGAAGGACAUUGAGAAGAACAUAGAGUACGUGACGAGCAGUGCGGCCGAGAUGGUGGAUGCCUUCUGCUCCCCAGAUACCGUGUGCCGGCUGUGCGGAGAGGACCUGAAGCACUACCGCGCCCUGCGCGUCCACAUGCGCACACACUGUGGCCGCGGCUUGGGCGGUUGCCCCAAAGGCCGCAAGCCCUUCGAGUGCAAGGAGUGCAGCGCCGCCUUCUCAGCCAAGCGCAACUGCAUCCACCACAUCCUUAAGCAGCACCUGCACGUUCCGGAACACGACAUUGAAAGCUACAUCUUGGCAGCCGAUGGCCUAGGCCCCAAGGAGGCCCCGAUGGCUGAGGCCUCUGGAAGGAUGGAGGAGAGAGACGGGGCCUUUGGAGAGUUAAAGCCCCUUGCCACCUUCCUGGAGUCCCAGAAUGGCUAUCUUCAUGGAGGCCCCACCCAACCACCGCCUCACCACGUCUCUGUCAAAUUGGAGCCCGCCAGCAACUUCACAGUGGACUUUAAUGAGCCCCUGGACUUUUCCCAGAAGGGCCUGGCCCUGGUCCAAGUAAAGCAGGAAAACGCAGCCUUAUUUCUGAGCCCCUCUUCUUCAGCCCCCUAUGACUAUUCCAUGGAACCCAUUGACCUGUCCAUCCCCAAGAACUUCAGGAGAGGAGACAAGGAUUUGGCUGCUCCCAGUGAAGCCAAGAAGCCUGAGCAGGAACCAGGGAGUAGGGAGCCACCCUCCCCCUGUCCACCACCAUGCCCAGCCCUGCCAGUGACCUUGGGGCCCAAUGGGAUCCUAGAAAAACCUGUGGCCUCUGCAGGAGCAGCAGCUUUGGCAGCCAGCACUCUGGAAGCCCAUGCUCAGCCCCUGCAGGGCUCCGUUCAGCUUGCUGUCCCCAUUUACUCAUCAGCCCUCGUCAACAGCUCCCCCAUCUUGGGCAGCUCCACUCUCAUAAGUAGCCCAGCCUUGUUGCGGCCACUGCGCCCCAAGCCCCCCCUGCUCUUGCCAAAGCCCGCCGUGGCAGAAGAGUUGCCCCCACUGGCCUCCAUUGCCCAGAUCAUCUCAUCCGUGUCCUCGGCCCCCACCUUGCUGAAAACCAAGGUGGCUGACCCAGGGCCUACAAGCACCAACAGUAACACCACAGCUUCAGACAGCUUAGGAGGCACCAUCCCCAAAGCUGCCAUGGCUCCCACUGAUAUCACCAGCCGAAAAGAAUCCAGCGACUCACCCCCUGCUGUUAACAGUCCAGAGGCAGCCUCGCCCACUGAGCAGGGGCCAGCUAGUUUGUCAAAGAAGAGGGGCCGGAAAAAGGGAGUGAGGAGUCGGCCCCGUGCCAGCAGUGGCGGGGUGGACCUGGAUUCUAGUGGCGAGUUUGCCAGCAUCGAGAAGAUGCUGGCCACCACGGACACCAACAAGUUCAGUCCAUUUUUGCAGACCACGGAGGAUGAUGAUGCUCAGGAUGAGGUGGCCGGUGCCCCCACUGACCAAAAUGGACCCAGUGAUGAAGAGCAGGGCAGCCCCCCAGAAGACAAGCUGUUGAGGGCAAAGCGGAACUCCUACGCCAACUGCCUGCAGAAGAUCAACUGUCCCCACUGCCCCCGCGUCUUCCCUUGGGCUAGCUCCCUCCAGAGGCACAUGCUCACACACACUGGUCAGAAACCCUUCCCUUGUCAAAAAUGCGACGCCUCCUUUUCCACCAAAUCUAACUGUGAACGCCACCAGUUGCGCAAACACGGAGUUAACAACUGUUCCCUGAGAAGAAACGGGCUUAUCCCCCAGUCAAAAGAGAGUGAUGUUGGACCCCAUGAUAGCACAGACAGCCAGUCUGACAUGGAGACAUCAGCCACAGGAGGCGAAGUGCUGGACCUCACCUCUCGGGAGAAAGAGCAGCCAUCAUCAGUGGGCGUGUCUGAGUCUGGCCAGGUCAAAGAGGAGCUCCCCGCAGAGGAGGUGACUCAGGGAACAGCCGAGCCCAUAGACAGGGAGGAACAGGGAGCCGAGGAGACCCUGGAGCCUGAGGGAAAGUGUGGUGUGGAGGAGCAGGGCGAUGAUGCAGAUGGCCCUGAGGAAGACACUGUCAGCAACAAGAGCCUAGACCUCAACCUUGCCAGCAAGCUAAUGGGCUUCAAGCUGGCCGAGGGCGAUGCCGGUGCCAUGGGCAGUGGAGGCUCUGCCCAGCAGGACCAGAAGCACGCCUGUGACAUCUGUGGCAAGACCUUCAAGUUCCUUGGAACCCUGAGCCGCCACAGGAAGGCCCAUGGCCGUGAGGAGCCCAGGGAGGAGAGUACGCUCCCUCGGGAGGGCCAGGGUGAGGGCAGGGUGGCCGAAGGGCCGCUGCCUGUCCCCACCACCCCUGCCCUAGACCCAGAGGAGAAGCCCGAGCCCUUGGCCGAGGGGGAGGCCACGUCCGAAGGCUCAGCGGAGAAGCAGAGUGAGGAGGCUGAGGGCACCUCUGACGGGGAAGGCAUGGUUGAAAAGAAGUCCUCAAAAAGUGACGAUGACAAGAAGCCAAAGACAGACUCCUCCCGAAGUGUGGCCAGCAAGGCAGACAAGAGGAAGAAGGUCUGCACUGUGUGCAACAAGAGAUUCUGGUCUCUGCAAGAUUUGACCCGGCACAUGAGGUCCCACACAGGAGAAAGGCCAUAUAAAUGUCAGACCUGUGAGCGAACCUUCACCUUGAAGCACAGCCUGGUUCGCCAUCAGCGGGUCCACCAGAAAGCCAGACAUGCCAAACACCAUGGGAAGGACAGUGACAAGGACGAGCGGGGUGAGGAGGACAGUGAGAGCGAGUCCACCCACAGCGGCAACAACCCCGUCUCGGAGAACGAGGCUGACUCAGCCCUGCUGGCCAACAACCACGUGGCUGUCACCCGGAGCCGGAAGGAGAGCCUGGCCAAGGAUGCCAGCCGCAGGGAGGAGAGGGUGGCAGCAGGUCGGACGGCCGUAACCGGGCAGGCAGAAGCCAGCAGGAGUGCUCCCAAGGCCGCUUCUGAGGGCAGCCCCAAGGAGCAGGCGCCUCAGGGUGACCCUGACCCCGAGAGCCCGGCAGCCCUUGUGCAAGACCUGCUGGAGCUGCACGCCAAGAGGCCUGCCCGCCCCAUGCUGGCCGCCGCCGAUGGCGCCUCGCCACUCCUGGGAGUGGAAUGACGGCUCAUCCCGUCCCCCAGCACACAGACGAGAACCAGCAGAGCAGAGUGUCCUGAAUCUUGUUUCAUGAGGGUUCCUCAGUGCCCUUCAGCUGUCGGGGAGUAAAAGAGAGCGAGAGAGAGGGAGAAAGGGAGCCAAGCAGGAGCGGGCCGACUCGCUCGGUGCCAUAGCCUUACACAUGCCCGUGCGAGAAACCAGCACAGCACGGACAGUUCGAGUGCCUUAACUACUUAACCAGCCCUUCAGUGUCGUCCUGGGUGUUACAUUGUAUUGACUUUUUAAAAAACAAAGCAGAUAUUUUAAUGAAUUAUUUGGAGAGGACCUUUUCAUUUAAGCAUUAACGUUACCUUCUGUGUUGGUGUGUGUGAGCUUGUUCUUGCGAAUCUGUGAUAGUAACAUUUGUUCUGUGAGCUGGAAACAGAAGAAAAAAACAUGCCCUAGGACACCCAUAGCCAAUAAUAACUGGAAGAAAAUGAUGUGAAUUUCGUGUAAAUUCCCAGAGGAAACAUGGAUGAGAUGCUCAUUUCUCAGAUAGCCCUAUUUUUCUUUUUUUCUUUCUCCUUUGUCUGCUACACGGUGGAGCUAAAAUUUGGUCCUAGGUAUUGCAGGAUGUGGUUGAUGAAGGUUUCCAGUUUGGUUCAAGCCAAAACCAGGAAGGAUUCUAGCUGCAACUUCAUACGUGUUUCCACUCUUUCAGCGUCAGACACGCUAUUACUGUUCAAGUCUCGAGACAUUUGUUCUUAAUUUACAGAGAAGAGUUAACCCUGGCAACUUAAUCUAUGGAGAACAUACUCAGAUGUCAUAUAGCUGAUUUCCCCCCUUUCGGUAUAUGUAUUAUUAAUAUUAUUAUUAUUAUUAUUUUUAGUUCAUCAGUUUGCUGGUCUCUGCAGUCAGCAGAAACAAAUGGGCAAUAUUUGUCCUGGAGACCUGGGCUGUCCCCGGGUCCCCGUGUAAGCGUCUGCCCGCAGCUUUCCUCGCCACUUGGGUGGGAGCUCUUCUACUGUACUUAGACAAGCCUUUCUUCUGUGACUGCAGAAUCCAGCAGGGGCCGUGAGCAGUUGUCCACAUGCGCUGAGGAGCAGCUCAGAGAGGGGAGCGUGAGGGCGCAUGUGCCCGGGGCUUCUGAGAAAGCCAGGCAGCAAGGAGGCCUGUCACUCACCGGUCUUCUGCCAGACCCAGCCCAAGCCUUACCCUCCUGUGCUACUGUCAUUUGCAAAGCAAGGAAAUACUACUACUGGUAAUAAAACUGCACAUGCAAGAAAGGUUGAAGAUGAGAAGUAGAUUUAUAUUUACCUUCCUGCGAUUUGGGAUUGGUGCUUGGUGAUAAACAUGUUGUUUCUAGUGUCUGAAAUAGCCUGAACCCCUGGGUGCAAAAAGGCAGGAUUUUUUUCUGUGAGCAUCUUUUGCAGGCAAUAGACUUCCCUCACUGUAGCCGCCAGCAGUGAAAAGAAAUAUAUCCUACUGUAGCUGAGCUUGUGCUCGGCAUCCUGUCCUUCAGCCGGAACCUCUAGGAUGCCCGAGGCUUAGUGACUCCAGGGCCUCCUGUGCUGCUCCACCACUCAGAUCCUCUCGCCUUGCCCUGGGGGAGCCUCCCCAGCCCCUGUCCGCCCCUCCCAGGACCCUUGCCCUUUGUCCCUAAGUGUUCCCCCUUGACACUCAGAGUGUAAGUGUGCAGACACACCCUUUUCUCUCCACUUCCUCACCAGUUUCUGGUGGCCAAAAUCCUACCACCCAGACUUCAAAGGAAGAUAGAUGUUCUUGAGAUAAUGAAAAGUGAUAUCUUUGCAUGUGAAAGAAAAAAUGUUGAGGUAUAUAUGAUUUUUAACUGUAUUAGGGAUGUAUGAACCAGUUUCAAAAUGAGGUUUUAUUUACUCUAGAUGAAUACACAUCAGAACCAAUGAUCCCCUUGUAUCACUUCAUACCAGGUGUGGUCUGCUUAGUUAAAACCAGUUCAUGCAUCCCUUAAUUUUUUAUGAUGAUUGUUGUUAUUUUUGUUGUUAUUAUUAUUUGGGAUUUCUUGUGUUUUGUUUUUCUUUGCAACUCUCCACACUAAAACUUGCAACAUGUGGGGAGAAGCCAUGACUUAACUCUACGCUGCAGUGAGAUGUAGCAGGAAUCGCCCUGGCAAAUGCAGCUGGGGCUGCAGCUCGCAAUAAUCACUAUUGAUUUAAAGCUUUAUUUAGCCUUCAUCUGUACCCUCAUAGUCAAUAAGGUCUUGCCACAUUUUAUUAGUGAGGUUGAGAGAUGUAUUAUUUGUUGGUUGUUCUGCUCCCCCACCCCCAAUAUUAAACUGUGAAAUUUGUGAUUUGUUUAAACUCUGGGUGAAUCAUAGCUUAGUUUGCAUGUCCAGCUAAUUUGUUUCCAUACAUUUUGUUUGAUUCUCUUUCUCCUUCUCUCAGGGCUUUUACAAAAAAAAAAUAUAUAUAUAUAUAUGUGUGUGUGUAUGUAUACACACACACACACACACACAUAUAUAUAUAUAUGAAUCUUUUGAAAAGUUUUUUGAGGUGCAAGUUCUUCUCUUUUGUUUUUCUCUUUGAUUUGUGGACACAAUGCAGAGAUUCAAUCACUACAAGAAACUACUGGCUGUGAAAACAAAACAAAAAACCCAAAGGGCUCUUCUUCUUCCAAGCAGCCCCGGGGAAGCUACGUGACAGUCAGAUGCCAGUUUCAGAAAGAAUCAUCAUACCUUCAACCCUCUGUUCGUCUCUUUCCUCUCCGCUCUUUCUUCAAGAAGGAAGUUGAUCCUAGUGAUUUCAGCCCAUGCAUUAAACAGGAAACAAUAAUAGAUGUGUAGAAUUCAUAUUUUUUUCUAAAGGGAACUUAAAAACUGCUGCUACAUGUUAUGUACAAAACUGGUUUAUGCCACAUGAACAGAAUCACAAGUUUGGUUUUGGUACUUUUUGUUCCUCUUUGUAUUCAGUUGUAUAGUACUUCCAAAUUCAAAAUGAGAAGAAAAGCUGUUCUGUAUCAAACCAUCUAAGCAAUAAAUGUUAUAUUUUAAAGAUGGCAGAUUGCCUGUCA